AUGGCGGCUACUGUGCACAGGUACGCCAAGGUGCGCACUGUCAUCAGGCAUGAGCCGUACACGGUGGAGAAGCCGGUCCCCUACACCGUGGUAAAGCAUGUGCCCGUUUAUAAGCCUGUCUACAAAACGGUGGUGAAGCACGUCCCAGAGCCUUACGAGGUCGUCAAGCACGUGCCCGUGUACAAGCACGUGCCGAUCAUCAAACACGUGCCGAUCAUUAAGCACGUGCCGGUGGUUAAGCCCGUCCGCGUUGUGAAGCACCAUCAUCACGUGCAGAAGUUUCCAGUCCACGCCUUGCUCGCGGUUGCGGCCGUCACUGCCGGUGCCGACGCUGGAGACGGCGGUGGUGGAUACGGCCACCGCGGCAGCUACGAGACACACGAGUACGGGUACCAGAAAGUCAAAACAAUUGUGAAGCACGUGCCGUAUGCGGUGGAGAAGGAAGUACCGUAUCCAGUAGUGAAGGAAGUUCCCGUCGUCAGGCACGUCUACAAGACCUUGGUGAAGCAUGUUCCGGAACCCUACCCGGUGGUCCGACACGUGCCCGUUAUCAAAUAUGUGCCGGAGGUGAAGCACGUGCCCGUGGUGAAACACGUGCCUGUAGUCAAGCAACCUGACUCACGGUCAGGUCAAACGAACCGGCCCGGCGGUGGCGUCAACGCUGGCGCCGUGGCUGAGCCCAGGUCACAAGGAUAG